GAAACUCUAGUGGUCGUUCGUAAUUGGUGAAACUGAAGCCAGUCUGUGAUGUUGAUGCGUUUUGCGGUCAAGUUUCCGCCCGUAACCCCGGACUUUUGCGGCCGCUACCCCGCACGUUCAAUUGCCUGAUGCUGACAUCACCUGGGAGGUCAGACCACUACCGAUAUCGCCUAUAUAUUACCAUGGCAGUCUCAUGUUUCUUCUAAUGACUGUCAAUUAACAUUCAUUGCUACAUCUCUGUACAAAAACAUCGAAAAUGAAGGCCCUCGUCUACGGUGGUAAUAACUCCGUCACUCUCCAGGAUCGUCCUGUCCCCAAGAUCUCUUCACCAACAGAUGCAAUCAUCAAAGUCACCAAGACCACUAUCUGCGGAACCGAUCUGCAUAUCCGAAAAGGCGAUGUCGCUACCUGUGAGCCAGGAAGAAUUCUAGGCCACGAGGGCGUGGGCAUCGUCCAUUCAGCAGGUCCAUCCGUCGCACGGUUCAAAGAGGGCGACAGAGUUCUCAUCUCUUGCAUCUCGAGCUGCGCGACCUGUGAAUACUGCCGAAGGGGAAUGUAUAGCCACUGUACCUCUGGUGGCUGGAUUCUCGGCAACACAAUUGACGGAACACAAGCUGAAUAUGUCCGCAUUCCCCAUGCAGACUCGAGUCUCCACGCUAUUCCUGAUGGGGCAGAUGAGGCUGCUUUGGUGAUGGUGAGCGACAUCUUCCCAACAGGUCUUGAGUGUGGUGUCCUCAACGGUAAAGUCCAACCUGGAGGGACUGUAGUCGUUGUUGGAGCUGGACCGGUCGGCUUGGCUGCUAUUAUCACUGCGCAGAUGUACUCGCCUUCUAAAGUCAUUGCCAUUGAUACGGACAACGCAAGACUGGACGUUGCUAAGAAGCUCGGCGCAACUGAUUCAGUCGUCAGCGGCGAAGAUGCUGUUUCCCAGGUGAUGAAAUUGACAGAUGGCAAAGGCUGCGACUCCGUCAUUGAGGCUGUUGGUAUUCCUGCUACUUUUGAACUUUGCCAAAAGCUUCUCGCAGUUGGUGGAGUGUUGGCAAACGUUGGUGUCCAUGGUACCAAGGUGGAUCUUCAUCUUCAGGACCUAUGGAUCAAGAAUAUCUGUAAGUGGUCCCUGAUCUACUGUUUGGUACGGUACUAAUGCACGUCUAUCAGCGAUCACUACUAGGCUGGUGGAUACCGUCACUACACCCAUGCUGCUCAAACUAGUGCAGUCUGGCAAGCUGCAGCCAUCGCAGCUAAUCACGCAUCAUUUUAAGCUGAGCGAUAUGGAA